AUGUGCCAGCUAAAUGGAUUGAUUAUGUCUAGUUGCUUCAAAACCCUCAUACCAGUUUCGCAGCAGAUUGUUUACAAGAAAAAAAAUUCCGAAGGGUUGUGUUUUCAAGGUUUCUUCCUCCACUUGCCCUUCAUGACUUGUUUUGGUGAUAUUUCAAAGCUCUGCUUCAACUUUGGUACAGUAAAGAAGUCUUCUACUGUGUUUUCUUUCUCAGAUCGUUCCUCCAAACUUUGCUUGGAAAAAAUGGAAAAUGAAGAUACCAAGAAGCUAAAGAAAGGGAAAGCAAGACUUCCUCCAAAGAGAGGUCAGAUCAAAGCUAAGAUAUUCCGCGACACGGUGAAAAUAUUGAUGAAUGCCUUAAGAAUGGGAAGAAAGAGAGAAGUUGGCCGCAAAUGA